UUGCUUGUUAGAAUGGUUUUUCUUACCGUGUACCACGACGAAAUAAUGAACCUUUGCUCCUCCGAUUGACUUAUGACAUGGCGCACAUGCAUCAGCAUAUAUAUGUGCAGAAGCGGCGCACAGACACAAAUCUCAGCCUAUCUCGCGAUAUGAUAUAAGGUACGAAGCAUCACUCAGGUCUGGCGUUCCCUCGCAAAUCGUCUCAUUCCCUCCUUCCGUCCUCCUUCCUCUUUCUUUCGUCUUACUGCCUUCACAUCUCCGUGGCUGAAGCUGCUCAAAUUUGUUGUAAUAUUGUAGACCGGCGACGAGGCAGCAAUGUCGAACUUAUCUUCUUCCUUUUCUGCUAGCUUCGGCUCGGUAUGGCCAGAGUCGACAGCUGGCUUUGUGUUGCCUACCGGUGUAUCUUUAACUCUCCUCGCGUUGCUCGUCAUUGUUGCCCAUUGGUUUCAGUCUCCUUCGAAAGUUAAGGAGCCUCUCCCUCCUGGCCCUCCUCGUCUUCCCGUCCUUGGCAAUAUUAUGCGUCUUGGUGAAAUCGCGAAGUUUCCGUGGCUAAAGUUCACCGAGUGGUCUCAGCAAUAUGGUAGGUGUUCUGGACACUCAACAGCAGGCUGAUAUUCAGCAAAAUGCUUUGUUAGGACCCAUUAUCUAUUUGAAUAUGGCCGGCCAAUCUAUUGUUGUCCUCAAUACAGCUCAAGCAGCAUUUGACUUAUUCGAUUCACGCGGGUCGAACUAUACCGACCGACCCAAGCUUAUCAUGGCAGCUGAAAUUCUGGCUGGAAACAUUCAUGUCGGUUUCGUUCCCCAUGGGCCGCUCUGGAGAAAGUUACGCAAAGCCGCCCACAUGGGUUUAAAUUUGCAUGCGGCCGAGGCGUAUUUCCCCAUACAAGAGCGAGAAGCUGCUUUACUUGUAAAGAGUGUACUCGAGGAUCCGUCAGAUUGGGAUAAUCACUGUCAGAAGUCCGCUGCUUCGACCAUUUUGAGCAUCGUGUACGGAACUGAACCUCUGAAGUCUCGUGAAGACCCGAUUGUCCUCCGCAUUAACCACUUCAUGGAAUGUAUGCUCAAAGCGGCUCUUCCUGGUAAUUACAUGGUCGACAUAUUCCCAAUCCUAAACAAGUUGCCGCCUUGGUUGGCAAAGUUUAAGCGGGAGGGUAUGGCUGCGCAUGCGGACUUUACUGCGAUGUUUUCCGAGUUCCUCCAAGGCGUAAAGAGCGACAAGUAUGACUCGUCCAAUCAGACGUUCAGCGCUACGAUCAUCAAGCAGCAAAAGGCGCUCGAGAUGUCUGAGAAGGAGACGGCUUGGUUGGCGGGUGCGAUGUUUGGUGCUGGCUCGGACACAACAGGGGCUGCAUUGGCAGUCUUCACACUGGCGAUGGUGCUUUAUCCGGACGUUAAGAGGAAGGCUCAAGCUGAGAUCGACGCCGUCAUUGGUCGCGAUCGUUUGCCUACGUUUGCCGAUCGUGACCAACUACCUUAUGUUCGUGCGGUCAUCAAGGAGACAUUACGAUGGAAGCCUAUUACACCCCUUGGCCUUGCUCGACGAGCUGUUGAAGAUGAUGUUUACCAGGGAUACCUGAUUCCUGCGGGAUCGAUCGUGAUGACCAAUGUUUGGGCUAUGAAUCACGAUACACGUAUCUAUGAGAACCCUACGGAGUUCAUCCCUGAGCGAUACCUCACCGAGGAUGGAGAUGAUUACAACCCUCAGUACACCCGUACUGGCACUCACGCAUAUGGUUUCGGUCGCCGAAUUUGUGCUGGUAUGAAUGUUGCCAACAAUUCUCUCUUCAUCGACAUUUCUCGACUUCUUUGGGCGUUUGACUUCGCACCUUCCAAGCGGACCGGGCCUCCAUCUCCUGAUGCUCAAGUUGACACGGGCGUCGUAGUGCGGCCGGCUCCUUUUGAAUGUGAGAUCACACCGCGGGCUAGCAACGUCUCGGCCAUACUGGAGAUGGCCAGUGAGAAUUAAGACGCUACUCCUCUGCAAGGGUGUUGGGCGUCCCAUUUCGUAAUGAAAGCUUGUGUCAGUGCCUAUUUGAAAUGUCACGUAUCUGUACCCUGUCCGUCGUAGAAUUGCAAUUCAUUUCAUUCUGUUCCUGCAGUGAUGGUAAUUCGGUACUGGAUACCCGCCGUGUACACAGUUCUCGAUGCCACUGCGAUCUCGCGUUUCGUGGUGAAGAUGCCAGAUAGAAUCGGGCCCAUCCUCAAAGCCCGAAUCCUGCAAGACUCUUGUCGAGUUCUAUCUUUGAACUCAGGGUUACUUGAUACGUA